AUGACUCGCAGACGACAUGCGCGCACUCCUGCAGCUAUUAGUCGUCGUAUAGAACAACAUCGCUUGCGUCAUCGAGCACUUAAUCUUCAAGGUAGUGUAGUAGCAAUUUAUACCAAGGCUUCACCAAAGUAG